UCGAGCUUCCACGACAUGCGCCUGGGGCCAACAUUUCCAGACCUUUCAUUUGGGGAGAAAGAGGAGGAGCGGCUAAAAGCGGAGGUUUGAGGGCCUAGAGUGGUGAUGUACGUCCCCCGGUCGGAGCUUCUUUGCGUUUGCCCUGACUUCUCAAAAAGCACUGCACGGAGGAAGAGGCAACAGAGCCCCACGACUCUGCACUUUCCCAGAAGGAGAGAGAAAAUGAGCACAUUCCAGGCGGUGACCUUCAAGGACGUGGCCGUGGCCUUCACCGAGGAGGAGCUGGGGCUGCUGGACUCAGCCCAGAGGAAGCUGUACCAGGAUGUGAUGGUAGAAAACUUCCGGAACCUGGUCUCAGUGGAAGAAAACAAUCAAAGUGAGUUGAGGGCCGUUCAAGACAGAGGAUCACGUGAAGACCUUUCCUGCCGGCAAAUCUGGCAACAAAUUGCAAGUGACUUAACCAGAUGCCAAGACUCCGUGAUAAAUAGUUGUCAGUUCCACAAACAAGGUGAUUCCCCCUUCCAGGGUGGGGCAGGACUCUCUAUUCAAAUUUCUGAAGAUGAGAACCAUAUAUUAAAUGAUAAAGCGGGUGAUCCCAGUAGUACUGGAAAUCCAAGGUGUGCAACUUUGAGAGCCCAGGAUUCCUGGAGGAAAACUUCAUUGACUGAGUUGCAGAAUUAUCAGAAUAGACACCAGCAAAUUUCCAUGAAAAAUAAACUGUGUCAGUGUAAAGAGGAUGUUGACACCAUCAGUUGGAUUUCACAUCACCUUGAUGCUCAUGGAGUACACAAGGGUCAAAAAUCUUACAGCUACAGUGAUUAUAGAAAAGAUAGCACAAGGGUUUCAACAGUGGAUCAGAAAACUAUGAUUCACACAGGACAAAAACCCUACCAGUGUAACGAAUAUAAAAAAACCUUCACCAAUCUCUCCACCUUUGAUCUUCACCAGCAAUUACACUCAAAAGAGAAGUCUCAUAUGUGCAGUGAGUGUGGAAAAGGCUUCCGUUACAGCUCGGUUCUUCAUAUUCAUCAGAGAGUUCACGUGGGAGGAAAACGCAGUGAGUGUGAUGAGUGUGGCAAGGAGUUCAGUCAGAGCUCACAGCUGCAGACUCCUCAGAAAGUCCACACUGUAGAGAAACCGUUCAAAUGUGGGGAAUGUGGGAAAGGCUUCAGUCGUAGGUCAGCACUUACUGUUCAUUGUAAAGUCCACACGGGAGAGAAACCUUAUAAUUGUGAGGAGUGCGGGAGGGCCUUCAGUCAGGCCUCUCACCUUCAGGACCAUCAGAGAGUCCACACUGGGGAGAAACCAUUCAAAUGUGACAUGUGUGAUAAGAGCUUCAGUCGGAAUUCACACCUUCAGUCCCAUCAGAGAGUCCAUACGGGAGAGAAGCCAUACAAAUGUGAGGAGUGUGGGAAGGGCUUCAUUUGUAGCUCAAAUCUAUACAUUCAUCAGAGGGUCCACACAGGAGAAAAACCCUACAAAUGUGAGGAAUGUGGGAAAGGCUUUAGUCGGCCUUCAAGUCUUCAGGCCCAUCAGGGAGUCCACACUGGAGAGAAAUCAUACAUAUGUAAUGUGUGUGGUAAAGGCUUUACUCUGAGUUCAAACCUUCAGGCACAUCAAAGAGUCCAUACAGGAGAGAAACCAUACAAAUGUGAUGAGUGUGGGAAGAGCUUCAGGAGGAACUCCCAUUAUCAAGUUCAUCUGGUUGUCCACACAGGGGAGAAGCCCUAUAAAUGUGAGGUAUGUGGGAAGGGCUUCAGUCAGAGUUCAUAUCUUCAAAUCCAUCAGAAGGCCCACAGCAUAGAGAAACCUUACAAGUGUGAGGAGUGUGGGCAAGGCUUCAAUCAGAGUUCACGACUUCAGAUUCACCAGCUGAUCCAUACCGGUGAGAAACCAUACAAAUGUGAAGAGUGUGGGAAGGGAUUCAGUCGAAGAGCAGAUCUUAAAAUUCACUGCAGAAUCCACACCGGAGAGAAACCGUAUAAUUGUGAGGAGUGUGGGAAAGUCUUCAGGCAGGCCUCAAAUCUUCUGGCCCAUCAGAGAGUCCACAGCGGAGAAAAACCAUUCAAAUGUGAAGAGUGUGGGAAGAGCUUUGGUCGGAGUUCACACCUUCAAGCCCAUCAAAAAGUCCACACUGGAGAAAAGCCAUACAAAUGUGAGGAGUGUGGGAAAGGCUUCAAGUGGAGCCUGAACCUCGACAUGCAUCAGAGGGUCCACACAGGAGAGAAACCAUAUAAGUGUGGGGAGUGUGGGAAGCACUUCAGUCAGGCCUCAAGUCUUCAGCUUCAUCAGAGUGUCCACACUGGAGAGAAGCCAUACAGAUGUGACAGAUGCAGUAAGGUCUUCAGUCGGUCUUCACAGUUACAGUCUCAUCAGAGAGUGCACACAGGGGAGAAGCCUUACAAGUGUGAGACCUGUGGUAAGAGCUUCAGUUGGCGCUCCAAUCUAACAAUUCAUCACAGAAUCCAUGCUACUGAUAAAUCCUAUAAAAGUGAUAGGAAUGGUAAGACCAUCAGAGAGCCCACACAGGAAAAAAGUUCCAUAAAAUGAUUAAAAAACAAAACAAAACAAAACUGAGGUGUCAAGUGAAUUCUUCCAAUCAUCAAGUUCAAAAGAAAAAAAAAAUCACUUGUUUCAUUAAAGUCAGUGUUUCAGCCAUAGCUCAGCAUGUUCCAGUAGUCAGGAGGCCACACAGCAGAGAACCCUGGUAAAUGGUGUAGUAAGGACUUCAGUUUGAACUUUGACCUCUAUUAAAUAUUACUCAGGGGAGAAGCCUUAGUAUGAGUUUUAGCAGGCCUUGUACAAAAGUAUGAUGGACAUGCCAAAAUUUAUGCCCAUUACAACGUAAGCUCCACGAAUGCAGAGACCUUUGUUCUGAAUCUACAGUCUGAACAUUGCCAACUACUUCGUAGGUGCUCGAUAUUUGUUAAAUUAAUGAAUGAGGAGAAACUUUUUGAAAAUUAUGUUGCAAUCCCCUCCAAAAUUUCAUAAAAAUUUGUAUUCAGAGCAGUUAACUUAAGUGUGGCCUUAAAAGUAAUUCAGGGAGACAAAGAGUUGAAGUGUUAGAAAACCACUCAGUACUGCAAUUUGUAAUAUUAAUGUGGCAUCGUCCUGUUAUGAUUAGCUCCUCUUGUCCCCCCAGCCUCGCUUCAAGUUGGAUCUUAUCUUGGACUUUGUCUAAUAUUCUGUCAAUUUUAUACAGUACAAAUUCAGUUAUCUUUUGUGACAGUAUAGACUUACUGAAAAUUGAUUGUUCAUCUUGCAAUACAGAAAACAUACUGUUGACCCUCUUUUCAAGAAUGUCAAGGCAGAGGUUUAAGUGUCAGAAAGAGUUACUAAUGACAGUGACAGAGGACAAACAUUUCUUAGUAAAUGAACUGAUCGUUGGUUUCUUAUUCACCACAUUUCCAUCUAGGUUUUGAUGUGAUUGUCUUCCAAGGGUUUUAGCAUUACUUUCAUCAAGACUUCUUAAGUAGAGAAAAGAGGCUGUUUGAAGUAGAUUACUUUUGUCAAGUUCUCUAUCUCCUUACUCCUUCUCUCUGGCCUGAGAUAAAAAGAAAAAAAUUAUUUGUUGAAAUUUGGUAAUUUCAUCAAACGUAUUUAUUCAAUGACUGACUUGCACACUUUUUCCUAGCGGUAGAUUGAAAAAUUGCUUUUCAAAAUGAAGUUGGUGAGUACAUAUCAAAAUAUAGAACGUGCGUCCCUUUGAUAUAGAAAUCAUAGAAUAGGACCUUAUAAUUAGGAAAUUCAAAUAGAAAAGGUGAGUAGUACGUCAGUGCUACUAAAUUUUGUAAAAGUGAAAUAUUCAGUAGGAAUUUCUUUAUAUUUUGAGAUACUUAUGUAAUAACAUCUGUUAAAAUGAUGGCUUAGACUUAUGACAGAAGCAUGUAACAGUUUAAUGUAUUUUAGGUACAUCACAUACCUUAAUCAAACAUGUAUGUGUGUGUGUUAAUGCAUCCUAUCAUCUGUAAAGGGAUAUUCACCUUUAUUUACAUAAGUGGCAAGAUUUUUAGGGAUUUUUUCCA